GUAUAACUCCAUCUGUGAGUCGUGAUAUACAAUGGAAUGUUCAAUAUUACUUGUGUACUAAGGAAAUUUAUAAGAGAUGGAGCUGAGAGGAAUAUUGAAAUAUUGUUAAAUAGCGUUCCGCAAAGUAUGCGCUGAUACUUUUGUCAGAAGCCUCUUUUACUUCUUUUCAUUUGCAUAGCAUUCUUCUUUUUGCAAUAUUUUAGUCUAAUCGAAUUUCGAAGCGAUCGCAGCAAUGUAUAUAUGGUGAUAUACAUGCUAAAGAAUUUUUACGUUAGCGUACUUCGCUUGCUACUAGUCGCUACUAAGCCAGUCAGGUUAACUUACUACUAAGUAAUUAGUUGGGGAAUAAUUUCCCUUUGUGACAUGGAUUAUAUGGCAUUUGAGUCACAAGUACGAAGAGAUUAUUCUCAAGAAUGAUUUGGUCCAUGUGGGUUUUCAGCAUAAGUAGAUAUAAUAAAUAGUUAAACUUUAUAAUAUCAGGUGUACAAUGGAAACAGCAAAUCAGGAAAAACAACUUCCUUCACGGGGCUUGAAGCAAGUGAAGGUAGAUAACUGGGGGACUUUCUUUCUUCAAAGACUUCAACAGCUUUAUUUUGAAGAAGAAUUGCUUGAUCUUACAAUCAAGUUUCCUACCAGUGAUAUCACUGUUCAGGCUCAUCGUUUAGUCAUAACAACAUGCACGGAUUAUUUUAUGCAACUUGAACGUGAACAAAAAGAAAAAGAUGAAAAUUUUGAUGGAGUAAUUAUCAUGCCACCAGAUAUGCCAUAUGAAUGUGUGAAGUCAAUUAUAAGUUUUAUGUACACUGGCCAAUUAGAGUAUUGGACUUCUGAGCAACAUGCUUUGUAUCGUACAGCACAGAAAAUGAACAUGACUGUUCUAACUAAAUUACUUGAUGCACAAUUUAAUACUGCUUCUCUGCAAAAUGAACAAACAGUGAAAUGCAAUACCCGACCCAUAAUAGCAGUUUCAAAGCCUUCAACAUCUAGCACAAAAAUAACAACUACUUCCACUUCAUCUUCAGGGCUGUCAAAUCAGCCAUUACCAGGUAGAAAACUUCCUAUAUGGAAAAGAAAAUUAGAUACACCACAAAGUAUGCCAUCGCUUAAUUAUGAAAUGCGAACAUUCCACGGGAUGCCGUCGACAAAUAGGCCUACAGAGGUAACUCCUGGACCUUCCCGAUUUGAUCUCCCCGAAGCCGAAGAGUUUGCGCUCGGGGUGUUCUCGUCAUUCGAUGACAUUACGUACAAUACAAAGCCUAUCGUUCAAGCGCCAGACAAAUAUAAAAGAGAUAAUUCGCCUAGUGGUAAAUGUUCCCCAGACAGAGACAGUAAAAAUGAUACAACCGAAGAUGAGGAAGAUGACAGUCAUACAAACGAGAAGAGUCUGAAGGAAAUGAAUUCCGACGAUGAUUGGUCCGUGACUAGAUGUUUCCAAAGGGGUCAAGAUACGCAGCCAUCGCCAUCUAAGAGAGUACGAUUUGAUCUCGAAGAAAAAGAAAACAUGGAAAAGGGGAAACGAACGAACUCAGAAGACUCGAUCAAUAAUCACGCAAAGAUCAUUCGAGAAGUAUUAAAGAAAUACCCCCAUUUAGUGAAAAAUAACAAGAACAUACGUUUGAAAAUCAUGCAAAAAGAAGCAAAGUCUUCAGAUAGUAAUUCAGCAUGCAAAACAAAGGUCUCUUACGUAGUUUUGAAGUCUGAUCACCUGAUGUCAAGCAAUAACAGCGACGAAACCGAGGCAAAGAGUAACGGAAGCGUAGAUGGUGGCGAGACUGGACCUUGGAAGUGUAACAAGUGUGAUUUAGAAGAGGAGUAUACAAACUACUAUAUGUACAGAAGACACAUGCAAGAUGUACACGAUGAAAAAUUUGAUAUGCGAGUUUGUGAACACUGUGGUUAUAAAGCAAUCAAACGAAACAUCCUGAUGUAUCAUCUUUAUACAAAACACAAUGUGCCUCCUCCGAAAAGCAUGAGUUUUCCAAAAUGUCAGGCAUGUUCUUACGUGGCAUUAUCGGAAGCGUUUUUGGUGAGGCAUCAAAUCAACCAUAAUCAUCGACCAACGUCGCGUCAACACUCGUCAUCCAUCGAAGAGAUUCAGUGCAUGCAAUGUUCACAAACGUUUAAAGACGUUACCGAAUUGACUACCCAUGAAAUUAAUACGGGCCAUGGAAACUUGCCGGAUGGCAAAAAGAAGGGACAUCGUUGCACACAUUGUGGUAAAGUUUUCGUACAAGCCACGAAUUUGCAAGUACAUAUCGAUUGCGUGCACAAGGAUCUGCGGGAUUCGGAUGCAGCUUCAGUCUCUAUGCCAACGAUUUCUUUAGAACCUUCUUCAGAAGCGGAAGCCUUGAGUCACGUGGCUAGUGGUAUAGCGGCAUCCUUAGGUGUUGGAGAUAGCGUUUCCUCGGAACCUCAGGAUGGAGCUUCAAACGUAUCGGAAUAUAUUGUACCGGAGAUGCAAUUAAAUAAUAUUUCGCACGAUAUGACUUACAACACGCACGAGCUGGACGGGCAACAUAUGAUAAUGCUGAUUGACAAUGACAACUACCAACAGCAGGAAAAUGAUCAACAGCAGCAGCCACAACAGCUAAACAUUACCGAUAACGAACAAAUUGUAAUGCAAGGUACGGAGGAUGGGAUGAUCGUUUACAUUCACGGAAACGAAGAAGUAGAACGGCAAACGUAUGAGAAUUAUCAGUCGGAAGAACUUACCGAAGAAACUGAGGAGAUAGUGGAGGAAGUGGUUGAAGAAGUUGAAGAAAAGGUGAUGGAGGAGGAAAUGCAAGUUGAACAGUCGGAAAUAUUGGAGGAAUGCAGUUCUGAUCAGGUAGAAGAAGUUAUACAAUACGUGGAAGAACAGACAGAAAUAGUGGAAUAUGAUGAACAAUGCAGCGAACAGAGUAACAGUGUAGGCGAAUCGCAGGAAUCGGUUAUGAUCAUUGAAGAGGAGCAUCUUGAGGGAGAACAAGAGGUGGAAAAAAAUGAUAAGCAAGCUAAAGCGAAUAGCUUUACAGAAUGGGAUGACGAUAGUAGAGAAUUAGCUGAUUCAUAAAUAAUAUUAUUAUUAUUAUAUUAACUUUGUCACAUCUUAUGUUUGAUCAAUAUCCGUGACUAACAAAAUGGCAUGUUUGAAUUGCAUUUCAUUUUGCUUCUUUCUUCAUUUUUUACAUAGUAAAUGAUUGAAGAUUGCUAUACAAGGCAUUUUCUACUUUUCUGGCAAUCAUGUAGAUCAUGCUCCACAAUCCUGCCAGAAAAGUAGGAAAUACCUUAUAUAUACGGAUACAAAAGAAGCAAUGUAAAUGAAUUAUUUCGUUUUUAGAGGAUAUGUAGAGUCAUAAGCUUCAACUAAUUCGUGCAAAUUGAUUUUAACUUCAACAUUUAUCCUAAAACAAAUGUUUGUAUAUACAGCUAACAAGCUGAUAUAUAUAUAUAUAUGUAUGUAUGAUGUAUCAAUCGUUAGAGAUUUAAUUUGAUCACAUCUGCAAAGAAAAGGAAGAGGAAAAGUGGAAGAACUGUUUAUGAACUUUUCCUAAUUACCACAUAAUUGCAAUUUUCAAUUCCUCUGAACAUAUAGUUGCACAAACGUGUGGCAGUGGACAAAUAUGAAAUGCAGAAAAUGAAGGGAUAUGAAUAUCGAAUUUCUGAUUAAUUCCUAACUGCACAUGUUCAAUGCAAAUAUUUAAAAAUAAAGAGAUUAAAAGUAAUACGUUUCUUUCAGAAAUUCUUUCUUAGACUUUAUAAUAUUGUAUUUGAUGAUUAUUCAUGAUAAUUGGUAUAUAUCUUUCGUAUUUUGCGUCCGGAUAAACAUGAUGCACCAAAAUAAAAGAUCGUAGUCAAUCAAGCGUUAAUGACAAAAUAUUAUUUUACAUUUCUUUCAUUAUUUCAAAUCCAUUAAUAAAUUUUUUUUGCUGGAAUUGAUAUAAUAAAAGAAAUAAAACUCAAUCACUUUUUCCUUACCAAAUUAUACAUUCUAUUAUUUCUUUCAUUACAUGAUUUGGAGAAUUUUAAGAUAUAUAGUUUCAAAUAUUUGAAAUUUUAUACAAACAUUUGAAUAAAGCAAAUCGAAUAUAAUUCAUUAACUUAUUUAUAUAAAAAAGUAUGCUUUGUAUAGUCAUAUAUUCUCUAUUUUCUAGAAGGAAUAAUAUGAUUUUAUCGAAGAGAUAUCAAUAAUUUAAAAAAUUCUUGAAAUCAAAUGCCAUUAUACAUCAUUUGCAAUUAAAUACACGAUGCCUGUUUCAUAUUAAAAAAUAGAAAAUAAAACAUCCAAAAAAUUGGAUACAGAAGAUAAUAUAUUUUUAAUAAAGUCGGACAGAAUAUCUUGUAUAUGUAUAGCGUGAGUCACUUAACGCGUUUUAUUUAGUCAAUUCUCUUUCUCAUAAGUAACCAGCACUCUUAGUUUUUGAGCAUAAUAUUUUAAAUUAGAGUAAUAUUAUCGUAAAUUCAGUAAAUGUUUCGAAGAUGGUAUUUAGAGUUAAUACAAUCCAAGCUAUAUAUAGAAGAAUAUUUGAGUUAGUAAGAUUCAACGAAUAAUACAUGUAAAUGCAGAUCACGAUAAAGUAGAUAAAAUAUGCUAGAAACAUUUGUAUUUUUAACACACGCGUUCAAUUUUGCCGUAAAUCAAACACAUAAAUUUAGUUUAGUUAUUUUGCUCCGUCUAGUAUAUUUAACUUCAAAUGUUUUAUUUUUGACUUAUACAUAUCUAUACAUGUAUAAAAUUUUUUCUAUCCAUCAAAUGGAUACAAGAUUAAAAUUGAAAUUUUUGUAUUUAUAAGUAAAUGGGAAAUCAUUUGAUACGAAGAAAAUUCAAACGGUGUAACAAAUUAGCGUGCAAAUACACGCUAAUGUGUCAAAGAAUCAUUUUAUUUUUAACUUGGAAAUCUGAUGAAUUCGAUAUAUACGAUAAAUUUCUCUGUUUCAAAGAAAGAUACUAAUCACGGUGCGCGCGUAUUAAGUGCCUCGUUUUAUAUAUACAUGCAUUAUGGAAAAUACUGAUUUACGUCAAUAUGUAAUUUCUGAGUUCUCAUUUACUACAACCUAUGCACGAUUAACAAAUUAUAACGUCGAAGAUUUUUAUCUGAAAUAUACAUUAGUCAAAUACUAACGUAACUUCAUCACCGUAACGCAUUUUGGUCCAGUGACAAUCUUUCGUUUCAAUAUUUUCAGAAUUAUAGAAAUUGAAGAAAAAAUUAGGAUUAAAAUUUGUCAAGAUUCAUAGGAAUUCUUGGAUCAAAAAAUAUUUUAUUUGUAUAUCUAAUUUAGUAUCAUUUGUUAGAUUGGAAUGGAUUUAUCUUGUCCAUAUCGUGCAAUUUUGGUUCGACGAACUUUGUAUUAAUUUUUAUAUUAUUAAUUGUAUCAUUUUUUUUGUAUUAAUUUUUAUAUUAUUAAUGUAUAAUUGAAAUGUAUAUCAAUUUUUGGCAAAUGUCUAUUUUUUCCGUAAAAUACGUUAUCUGCUUAUUGUUAAUAAAGAAAUAGUAUGUUAUAGAUAAAGUUCGAAAACCGUUCUAUAUAUUGUAUCGACGAUAUUAAUAAUUUGAACAGUAAUUAAUUAUAUUAGGAUAUAUCAAUGAGUUCGAUCUUAUCGAACGUUCAAUAGUAACGAAAAUUUUAUAUGUAAAAUCGACCAAAGGUUGAUUUAAAUUGUUUUGUGUUUGGAUCUCUGAUUAUUGCAAAUAAGAACAGAAAGACUGGAGGAACAAGGAAGCUAGAUCUAGAAUGCAUGCAAAAUAGAAGGAAAUUAACUGCCAUAAUUCGGUUAUGGCCAUUAUCAAAUUAUUAGUAACAACUUUAUACAAUAUUUUUAAAAAUGGUUGGCAGUGUUACAUAAAAAUCGUUACAUUAGAUUCGAUACGAUACGAUAUCAUUAAGUUACGCAUACACACACCUACUUAAGCUUAUCUUCUCGCAUUGUAUAAGAUUCCUUUACCACUUUCUUCAUAAUUUAGUUAUGCGAAGUAUGGAAACGUACAGGGUGCUUCCUUAGACUUUUUUAAUUACUUAGACAGUUAAUUACAAACGAGAAAUUUCUGAGAUAAAAAUAAUAUGAUUCUUAGUGCGAUCAUUUGCUAGUGCACAUCGAUUUUUUAAUUUAUUGAAAACCGACAUAAUUUUGUCAAUCAUAGAGAUGCAUAAUAUUUUGUUUUCUUGACGUAUCAAUUUUACAUGUCUGUAAAAUUGUUUAAUAUUUUCGUCUUAUAAUGUUUUACGAAAUCUUGAAAAGCGACGCUGACAUCAAUCAUAUCGUCUGUAAUUUGAAAAAUGGAUAAACAAAUGUUCGUAAAAUCGAUUAAAAAAUUUGGCAACCCGAUAUUUCGUUCCAAGUAUAAUUUUAAGCUAAACGAACGAACUUUUACGUGUGCUGCUCAAAAUAAUUAAGAGAUCACCUACUAAAUUAUACAAUUAAAUAAAUACAUAAGCUUAAUUAUUCCAAUUAUUUCGAGCGGCGUAAUUUCUUAUAAGAAAUAUGCUUAUGGAGUAAGAUAAAUAAAUGAAAUUCGAUGUACUGAUUCAA